CUUCCUCUCGCCCAGACCGAUUUCCAUGGCUUGUCGCCCCGAAUUUCCCAUUCCAUGCCGAGGGCUGUGUGAAUGAAUUGGAGUGCGAGCUACUGAUAAGUGUGAUUGCUUCGUUCCCGGGCCGCUUUCGCUGUAAACAAAUCGCAAGGAAUUUCUUGCACCGCAAGACUUGCAUUUCGUGCUCUUGAUUCGCACGGCGAUGCUCCAUUGCGCAAUGCAUCUGGGCUGUGACAAUUGGUGAGUAGUGACGGCAUUGUAUCUCGGCCCAGCCCUCUUGCGGGCUCGAGCAAUUCUUACCAGCAGAGCACUUGGAACCUGGAAUUCGACACUACAGAGCCUGGAGAGGAAGAGAAUGGUGGCCCAGCACAAGAGCUAUCCAAUUUGCCCCCCUUGGCUCAAGCCCCUCAUCUCCGCCAAGUUCUUCGAGCCCUGCAACAAUCACAGCUCCUCCAGCUCGUCCCCGGCCGCUGGCGAGACCGCCGCGUCGACCAGCGCCGCUCGAAUCGAAUGCAACCUCUACUGCCUGGAUUGCAUGGACGAGCCACUCUGUUUUGGCUGUACAUUCUGCCACAAGAAUCACCACGUCGUGCAGAUUCGUCGAUCGUCCUACCACGACGUGAUUCGCGUGUCAGAGAUCCAAAAGGUGCUCGACUUGAGCGGCAUUCAAUCCUACAUCAUCAACAGCGCCCGGGUGGUGUUCCUCAACGGCAGGCCCCAGACCAAGCUCGCCAAGGGCGUCACCAAGACUUGCGAGAUUUGCGAGAGGAGCCUCAACGAGAGCUUCCGCUACUGCUCGCUGGGAUGCAAGCUCCAAGGCAUCAGCAAGCACAACGAUCUCACUUUCACGGUCCAGCCAAAGCCCCAAGUCGGCAAUGGAAACCACCGGGUCUACCCGGAAGACGGCGUGUCUCACAAGAGAUCUAGAUCCAGGAAGAAGCUCAAGCUGGACACGCAGCAAAUCCAAUCCCAGCAGCACCAGGAACUACUAGCCACGCCCACGCCCGGCGAUCAGGAGAAGAUCGCUACGCCAAACAAUGCGCCCAGCGCUCCAGCUGAUCUGCCAGUAGAGGAGGCGGCCGAUCGAGGAGAGAAAACGGAAAACGUUAUGGAGGAAAAGGAGUUCGAGGAAGAAGAGCAUGGAGAUGGAGAAAUGUCCCAACAGCGGUUGGGCCUGGUGGGGAUCUGCCCGUCCACACCGCCUCAGGUGGUGACGUGGACGGAGGGGAUUUUCCCUGGCAGGCAACGAGCGAGGAAAGGGACUCCACACAGGUCACACUUGGGCAGUGGUUUGACUUUGGGUGAAGCUAGAGGGUAAAAACGCAGUUACCAAGUCCUAGGCUGGUAACAAAGAAAAGGUAAGAAGAAAGCUAAGGUUUCCAGGAAGAAGGGAAGGAUCUCUCCAUGCUUUAAAAGAGACAACUACAAGCAGCCAACACCAAGCAAAAAAAGUGAGGUAAAGUCGUAAAAAUCACACAGAAGUGUGAGAAUAAAAUUGGGGCGUGGGAAGAUCAAAGCUCCACAAGCAGAUAUUGGUUAGAUUUCUUAGAAAACUCUUUAGACGAUCAGCUUGUGCUGCUGCUAUAAAAAAAUGGUGGCCAUUGCAUUGCUCUAAAGACUAGUAAAUAUUAAUAAAAUCAAUUAUAUUAUAA